AUGCAAGAUGCAGUGGCAUUGAUCCUGGCAAGACCUUCUGAAGUCUCGGAUGGAUUCGGCUGGAGCGCUGGCUACUUACAUUGCCUUUGGCACGACUACCGGGUACUCCAAUCUUUCUUCGAUGAUGUCGCCGUUCCUGUGAGCCCAGCUUCCUGUUGUGACGAUGCCCUGUACAAGGCAAGUGCACUUGGCCGAAUACAAGACUUUUUCAGGCAGCCCUCCCAGAUAUUUAUCCUGGUGCCAUUGGCACAUGGCAGUAGCAGAUCUGGAGCCCUAUGUCUUCGCGAGGGCUCGUUGUCCUUCGAAGACAUCAUUCUGUGCUGGAUUGUAGCCGGACAUGUGAUUGAUGCAUCCAAGAAACUGUUUAUCCUUGCCGACUUCUGUUACAGUGGUAUCUGGGUGUGCAAGGCAGCCAGACUGCGAUUGCCCAAUGUCUUGGUUCAGGCAUCAUGCCCUGUGAGAGGCCUUGCCUUCGAAGAUGUCGCUGAUUGCGGUGCAGAUAGCAGCUUCAUUUGCAAGUGGGUCGUACAGCAACGCUGGCCGAAGCUGGGAAGAGUCCUCGUUUUGCCGCAGUUCUAUCCAUACUCGGCCAUGACGGUCCAUGGCUUGCGCUUGCAUAAGAUGCCCUGGUCGCUUCAACUGAUGUCCAGAAAGCCCGAGGAAACGAGGUAUGUUAGAGCCUUGAGUUCCGGGAGCCUGUUUUCGCUAAGGUCACGCUUGAUGAUGCUUGACCAUCGAACUCAGAUCGAUGUUCUGACUCAGAUGACUGCCAAACCUUUGCCUGAAUUCUCUUGCUUUGCAAGCAAAGCGCGCCACUUGUGGUGCUUCCGCUUGGUCCAAGAGCAGUUGGCGGCAUUGGCACGGCCCCACACGACUUUGCUGCUGAAGGAAACUUUGCUUCAUGACACAAGAACUUGCAGCAUCUUCCAGGAGACACGCGACUUAUUGGCAGCGAAGCAAUGGGAAGCGGCCAAAACGUUCCAGGAUCGCAAUUGGGCUUCGGUCAGCAUGGAUUUCUUGGACACCCGCAUGGAUGUGGAACUGGUUUUUGAAGUCCAGUGGCAUUUUCGGCAUUAUUAUACGGGCAACUAUGACCGAGCAUUGCAGCAUUUGGACGGCUGCUUGGAUAGUCUCCGGGCCUGCCAUGAAUAUCAGGAUGUGAACUCGGUCACAGCAUUGAUUUACGCGUGGAAGGCAGCAAAUUGGCGGAGCAAGGCCAAAACGCUGCCGGAACCAGGGCUUCAGCACUGCUUUCAGCAGGCCUUCAUGUGCAUCAACUUGAUGCACAAAUAUGCAAGUGGGACUCAGUUGAGCCCCAUGAUUGCAGCAGAAGUGGCAUUAGUUUGUGGUUGCUGGAAGAAGGAUGCGGCCCAGACAGGCAAGGCGGACUUCAUCGGUGAAUUGUUGAACACAAGUGAGAGUGACAUUUACUCCAGCCUGGUCCAAGAAGUACACCGCGGGAUUUCAUGCUGCUGUGCUGCAGGCUGGCGUGAUGGCUAUCUGAACAACACUCUGACUCUGUGCCACGCUCAGCUCUUGCAGGCUAGCUCGUUGAAUCAAGUUCUUGCAGUGGAGGCCAUGUACCGUGAAAUGCCGAUGCAACAUGCAACUAGCCGGACCAGAAAGAGGUGCGAGCUGUUCCUUGCAGAGGCAUUAAUUUACCAAUUGGAGACGUGGACAGGCGAUCUUGCUGACAGUGCUCGGGUAGAUACCUGCGAAGAAGCGCAGAGCACGCUUCGCGAGCUUACUCUUGCUUUUCAAAAGAGCAAGGAGCUUCCGAAGUGCCAGAAGCUUAUGGGUAGGCUGGCGAAGGUUUCGAUGUUCCGUGACGUUUAG